GCCGGUCGCUUGAUCCAACUUGCCAGGAGCAGCGUCAGUCUGAGUGUGAGGAAACGCUCCACUGCUGCUGCUUUAGCCCAGGCUGCAACUCUAGAAACACAGGAGAACAGGAAACCUAAGACGGGCAUCUUGAUGCUGAACAUGGGAGGACCUGAGAAACUAGAAGAUGUUCACGACUUCCUGCUGCGGCUCUUCAUGGACACAGACCUGAUGAAACUCCCUGUACAGAGUAAGCUCGGCCCGUUCAUCGCCAAGCGCCGCACGCCAAAGAUCCAAGAGCAGUACAGUAAGAUCGGAGGAGGCUCGCCCAUCAAACACUGGACCUCCAUGCAGGGAGAGGGCAUGGUGAAGCUGCUGGACGAGAUGAGUCCUGAGACAGCUCCUCACAAGUUCUACAUCGGUUUCCGGUACGUGAAGCCGCUGACGGAGGAAGCCAUCGAGGAGAUGGAGAAAGAUGGAGUUGAGAGAGCUGUGGCCUUCACACAGUAUCCUCAGUACAGCUGCUCCACCACAGGCAGCAGUCUGAACGCCAUCUACCGUUACUACAGCAACAGGGGCGACAGGCCAAAAAUGCGUUGGAGUGUCAUCGACCGUUGGCCCACACAUCCUCUGCUGGUGGAGUGUUUUGCAGAACACGUCAAAAACGAGCUGCUGAAGUUUCCAGAAGAGAAGAGGGACGACGUUGUCAUCCUGUUCUCAGCGCACUCACUCCCUAUGGCGGUUGUAAACAGAGGCGACCCAUAUCCUCAGGAAGUGGGAGCCACAGUUCAGAGAGUCAUGGAGAGACUGGGACACUGUAACCCUUACAGACUAGUGUGGCAGUCCAGGGUGGGGCCCAUGCAGUGGCUCGGCCCCCAGACGGACGAUGUGAUUAAAGGUCUGUGUGAGCGUGGGAAGAAGAACAUCCUGCUGGUGCCCAUCGCCUUCACCUCGGACCACAUAGAGACUUUACACGAGCUAGACAUCGAGUAUGGGCAGGUGCUGGGGGAGGAGUGUGGGGUGGAGAACAUCAAGAGAGCAGAGUCGUUGAAUGGGAACCCUCUCUUUAUGAAGGCUCUGGCAGACCUGGUCAAUACCCACCUGAAGUCCAACGUGGCCUGUUCCCGUCAGCUGACCCUCCGCUGCCCGCUGUGCACCAACCCCACCUGUGGGGAAACCAAGGCCUUCUUCGCCAGUCAGCCAACCUCAUAGAAACACACACACACACACACACGCACACACACACAC